CUCUCGGCUAACUAGCAGUGAAACAUUAAGCUAGCAAGCAAGCCAUGGAGGGUCCGGGCCCGGGGGCCGCGUUGUCCACCAGCCGCCGCAGCAUGGGCAGCGGCAGGAGCUGGGGCAGCUCAAUCUCUCAAUCCUUCCGCCAUCAGGGCCUCCAGCCCGACACGAACGACCCCUUCAGGCGGCGGCACGAGGACGGCGGCGACGACGAGGAGAACCUGCGGUGGGCGGCGCUGGAGAAGCUGCCCACCUACGACCGCAUGCGCCGCGCCAUCGUCCUCCACGAGUACGCCGGCGACAAAGCUACGGGGGAGCUGGUGGAGAUCGAGCACCUCGCCAGCGGGGAGGGCGGGCGGGCGCUGCUGGAGAAGGUGUUCCAGGACGACAGCGAGCGGUUCCUGAGGAGCCUGAGGGACCGGGUGGACAGGGUCGGCAUCGAGCUCCCGGCCAUUGAAGUACGGUACCAGGAUGUGUCCAUUGAGGUGGACGCCUUGGUCGGGAGCCGAGCUCUGCCCACGCUCUGGAACUUCACCACCAGCUUCCUCCAGGGUCUUACUGGACGACUUGGAUCCUCCAACAAAAAAACCAUCAACAUACUUCGCAACGUCAAUGGCAUCCUCAAACCAUCAAGGAUGACUCUUCUUCUUGGGCCUCCUUCUUCAGGAAAGAGCACACUUAUGCGAGCCCUUACCGGCAAGCUUGACAAAAGACUCAAGGUAUCUGGCAACAUCACAUAUUGUGGCCAUACAUUUUCCGAGUUCUACCCCGAGAGGACCAGCGCAUAUGUUAGUCAGUACGAUCUCCAUAAUGCAGAGAUGACAGUAAGAGAGACAUUGGAUUUCUCUAGGCGCUGCUUGGGUGUCGGUGCGAGAUAUGACAUGCUUACAGAGCUGUCUAGAAGGGAGCGUGAUGCUGGCAUAAAGCCGGAUCCUGAGCUUGACGCUUACAUGAAAGCUAGCGCGGUACAAGGACAAGAGAAUAAUAUUAUAACAGAUCUUACCCUAAAGGUUCUUGGGCUUGACAUUUGUGCUGAUACCAUGAUCGGUGAUGAGAUGAUCAGAGGAAUUUCUGGUGGCCAAAAGAAGCGUGUCACAACAGGGGAAAUGUUAACCGGACCCGCAAGGGCUUUGUUUAUGGAUGAAAUUUCCACUGGUUUGGAUAGCUCUAGCACAUUUCAGAUUGUAAAAUAUGUGAAGCAAUUGGUCCAUGUGAUGAAUGAGACUGUGAUGAUCUCCCUCCUACAACCACCUCCUGAGACAUAUAACCUGUUUGAUGACAUAAUUCUGCUAUCAGAAGGCUACAUAGUGUACCACGGGCCACGUGAGAACAUCUUGGAGUUCUUUGAAUCUUCUGGUUUCCGUUGCCCUCAGAGGAAAGGAGUUGCUGACUUCCUUCAAGAGGUUACUUCCAAGAAAGACCAGAAACAGUAUUGGUACCUUGAACAUGAAAAAUAUAUUUUUGUGUCAGUCCGAGAGUUUGCUGAACGUUUCAAGUCAUUUCAUGUAGGCCAGUUGAUGCUCAAGGAGCUACAAAUCCCUUUCGAAAAAUCCAAAACCCAUCCUGCUGCGUUGACCACCAAGAAGUAUGGCCUAUCUAGAAAGGAGUCACUCAAGGCAGUGAUCUCGAGAGAGGUGUUGUUGAUGAAGCGAAACGCAUUUAUCUACAUCUUCAAGGUCUCCCAGUUGAUCAUCCUCGGGAUCAUGGCCAUGACUGUCUUCCUCAGAACAAAUAUGCCUAGUGGUCAGAUUUCUGACAGUAUCAAAUUCUCUGGAGCUCUGACUUUCAGUUUAAUCACCAUCUUGUUCAAUGGGUUAGCUGAGCUACAACAGACCAUAAAGAUGCUUCCUACGUUCUACAAACAAAGGGAUUUCUUGUUCUUCCCUCCGUGGACCUUUGCAUUGGCAAACAUACUCUUAAAAAUUCCUAUUUCCCUAAUGGAGGCUGGGGUAUGGGUCAUACUCACGUACUAUGUGAUGGGCUUUGCACCUGCUGCAGGAAGGUUCUUUCGUCAAUUUUUAGCUUUGUUCGCUACUCACCAAAUGGCAAUGGCUUUGUUCCGAUUUCUUGCUGCUAUUUUUAAAUCAAUGGUUAUGGCCAACAAUUUUGGGAUGUUUGUGAUCCUUCUUAUUUUCAUAUUUGGAGGAUUUCUCAUCCCUAGAGGUGACAUCAGACCAUGGUGGAUCUGGGCUUAUUGGUCAUCUCCGAUGAUGUACAGUCAGAAUGCAUUAUCUGUCAAUGAAUUCCUUGCAAGUAGGUGGGCAACUCCAAACAAUGACAUUUCUAUUCAUGAACCAACGGUAGGAAAGGCAAUUCUUAAAUCGAAGGGACUCUUUACUGGUGACUCAGGCUUUUGGCUUUCAAUAGGAGCUGUGAUAGGAUUUGCUAUUUUGUUCAACAUCUUGUACAUUUUGUCCCUUGCGUACUUGAGCCCUAGCGGCAACUCAAACACACUAGAUCUGGAUGAAGAGAAUGAUAAUGAGACAAGUAGAGAUCAAAUGUCGGAAGCCAAUGCAUCAUAUACUGUGACAUCUUCAAUACCUAUGGGUACUAACGGAGACACAAAUACGCCAACUCAUUCAGGAAUUGCCUUGCCUUUUCAUCCUCUUUCACUUUCUUUCAACCAUAUAAACUAUUGCGUGGACAUGCCUGCGGAAAUGAAGGAGCAAGGUUUCGCAGAAAAUCGUCUCCAGCUUCUCACUGAUAUUAGUGGUGCUUUCAGGCCAGCUGUUCUGACAGCACUAGUUGGCAUGAGUGGAGCUGGAAAAACCACUCUAAUGGAUGUUCUAGCUGGAAGGAAAACUAGUGGAUCUAUUGAAGGAAGUAUCACCCUGUCUGGUUACCCCAAAAACCAAGAAACAUUUGCCCGCAUUAGUGGCUAUUGCGAACAGACUGACAUCCAUUCACCCAAUGUUACUGUAUAUGAAUCCAUUCUCUACUCUGCUUGGCUACGUCUUUCAUCAGAUGUUGACGAAAAAACAAGAAAGAUGUUUGUGGAGGAAGUCAUGACCCUUGUAGAGCUCGAUGUGUUGCGUAAUACUAUGGUUGGUCUCCCUGGAUUUGACGGGUUAUCGACUGAACAAAGAAAGAGAUUGACAAUUGCAGUGGAGCUAGUAUCAAAUCCUUCAAUCAUAUUCAUGGAUGAGCCAACUUCUGGGCUUGAUGCUAGAGCAGCCGCAAUUGUCAUGCGGGUGGUGAGAAAUACAGUCAACACUGGGCGUACCGUGGUUUGCACAAUCCAUCAACCCAGCAUCGAUAUAUUCGAGUCUUUCGAUGACCUUCUACUGUUGAAAAGAGGAGGGCAGGUUAUUUAUGCUGGCGAACUUGGUCGCCACUCUCAUAAACUAGUUGAAUAUUUUGAGGCAAUUCCAGGUGUCGCAAAGAUCACAGAAGGUUAUAAUCCAGCGACAUGGAUGCUGGAAGUUAGCUCCCCUCUUGCUGAGGCUCGCUUGGGAAUAAAUUUUGCUGAAAUUUAUGCUAAUUCUCCUCUUUAUAUGGAAAACCAAGAACUUAUUAAGGAAUUGAGUGUUCCCCUGCCAGGCUAUGAGGAUCUUUCAUUUCCUACAAAGUAUUCUCAGAAUUUCUACAACCAGUGUAUUGCAAACUUCUGGAAGCAAUACAAAUCUUAUUGGAAGAAUCCACCCUACAAUGUCAUGCGCUAUCUUAUGACGGUGCUCAAUGGUCUUGUAUUUGGCACUGUAUUUUGGAAAAAAGGAACAAAACUAGAAUCACAACAAGAUUUGUUCAAUCUACUUGGAGCCACUUAUGCUGCUGUCUUCUUCCUUGGGGCUUCUAAUUGUAUCACAGUUCAACCCGUUGUGGCAAUAGAGCGAACAGUUUUCUACCGAGAAAGGGCGGCGGGGAUGUACUCUCCAUUAUCCUAUGCAUUAGCUCAGACAGGCGUGGAGAUCAUCUACAACAUCCUGCAGGGGUGUCUAUACACAAUCAUCAUCUAUUCGAUGAUUGGAUAUGAGUGGAAAGCUGACAAGUUCUUUUAUUUCCUAUUCUUCAUAAUUGCAAGUUUCAACUACUUCUCGUUGUUUGGCAUGAUGUUGGUGGCAUUGACCCCAUCUGCGCUGCUUGCAAACAUAAUCAUAUCCUUUGUACUCCCUCUUUGGAACUUGUUUGCUGGGUUCCUCAUCGUCAGACCGGCCAUUCCAAUUUGGUGGAGGUGGUACUAUUGGGCCAACCCAGUAUCCUGGACCAUCUAUGGCGUUGUUGCAUCACAGUUUGGCGAGAACAAUAAUUCUCUUUCGAUCCCCGGAGGGAGCCCCAUAGUUGUGAAGAAAUUCUUAGAGGAUAAUUUGGGAAUCAAUCAUGAUUUCCUUGGCUAUGUUGUGCUAGCCCACUUCUCCUACGCCAUUGGGUUCUACUUCGUCUUUGCCUACUCUAUCAAAGUCUUGAACUUCCAGAAACGUUAGGCAAAUGUCCAGUCUUUUUGUCCUUCAUGAAGUAGUCUAGUUUGUGUGUGUAUAUAUGUAUAUCAUAAAUACUAGAAGUAUUCAGAGACAUGCAUGGUGUAUGUUAUUAUUAAAGAGAGUUUCUAGCGAUAAUACAAAUUUUACUAUCA